AUGAUUUGGGAGAACUGUUGCACCUACCCACCAUUCAAAGAGUUGACCAGCUCCAUCAAGCUAAACAACUUUACCAAAGUCAUCAAAGGUUGGAGUAACAAUCCAAUGCAUUACAUGCUUGCAAUUACCACUCUCUUUGGUUCAAUAGGUUUCUUAGUUGAACAAAAAGCUUUAAAGAAUGAAUUUACUUAUCCAAAUUCAACACAUUUGGUAUUCUCAGAGAUUGACAAUAAUCAAUCGUAUUCCCCACAACAGCCAUCAACACCGAUUCAACCGGAUCAACAAAUCGACGUACCAGAGUUGUCCAACAAGAAAAAGAAACUCAAGAAAUCAAAGAGUAUCGAUCAAGCAGAGAGAGUCCCAUCGAUGUCACCAAUCUCUAUAAAACAAACUUCCUCCUCCAACAAUAACAAUAACAAUAGUUAUCUCUCACCAAGUUCAUCAUUUUCAGCAUCCGACGAUCUCGCUUCCGAUAGUGAGAUGAAUUUGUCAAUCGAUUCUUCUUCAAAUUCCAACAAAUCAUCAAAGGACGACAAUAACCACAAUAACAAAAUCUCGAGUAUCGAUUCAAUCAGCUCAAUGAUUGACAAGGCAAUUAAAUCAUCUGUCACCAACAACAUCAACAACACCGCCAACAAAAAACCAAUUUCAUCAUCGACAAUCAACACACUUCCAAACAACAUCAACUUUACACCAAAGAAACAAUCCAAUUCCAGAUCGAGGUCAGCUUCACUUAACUACACCAAUUCAUACAAUAUUUUCAACUCCAAAAACAACAACAAUUCCAACAACACUGUCAACUCCAAUGUUGCCAACAGUAGUAAACCAAUUAGAAGUACAUUACAUCUUUCGUCAGAUUCUGUUCCAGUGACUGCAGGCUACAUUACACCAACAACCGUAUCGGAAAUGAAUGCAGUCUCAGCAGUGCCAGUUGAUAUUGCCAACGAUGGAAGUUCUCUCGAUGUCCUCGCAAUGACCGCAUUCCAAUUCGAAGGUUUGGAUGAAGCUUCCAAGGAAAACAAUAACAUCAGCAGCAACAACAACAACAACACUUCCAUUUCCAGCAGCAAUGAAAACAACCGUUUCGACAACAAUUGCUCCAACGAAGAAGAAAUGGUACCAAAAACCAAAGAAAACAAUAAGAGUUUUCUCAGUAGAAAGAGAAGAUACUCAACCGAGCUCGAAGAGAAACAAGAUGCAACAAUGAAUAUUAAUAAUAUCCUUUGUUCUUAG